GCGCAUUCAGGGACUUCAUCAAAGACGGUACGGCCAGAAAACGGCACUAAAGCGUGGAUGAAUAGACCGGAGGUCGGAAUAGAGGAAAUAUAUUCCAGCGCGUCCGUUUGGAUAUGAAAGGGCAUUUCGAGUUCACUCAGACGACAGAAGCGCCUCGAUCCAGCUUUUGGUGAAUCUGUUGUUUGUUGUGAAUCAGACAAUAACGGUGUUCCUUUAAGAGGAAUCCGCUAGCGGCGCUCAGAGGGAUCAGAAUGGAUGGAAAUGUUGUUAGGGCUGUACCCCACUUUCUCCGACCGAACAAGAUCUCAUCCUGCCCGUGAUUAGAUCAGUCUAGCCCGUGAUCGAGUACGGUUACACCGACAGGACAUGAGAUAUGAGAUAGUGAUUAGAAAAACUAGUCCAGACGUAUUGAAGCAUUUUGGUGCAGUGAAUUCCUUCGGGAGGAUGUCAUCUCUCUCCUCGGAGCUGUGAAGCACGGCGGCUGCUGCUGACACUCCCGGCGUUUGAACAUGGGGGACCUGAGCCAGUCCAGCCACUGGAAAAAGACUUUCAUUGUUCCUGCUAUUAAAUCUUUUGACCAUUAUGAUUUUAACAGAGCUAAAAUCCGCGCGAGCCUUAAAUGGCUCGUGGCCAAGGCUUUUGGUACAGAGAGCAUCCCGGACAAACUGAAGGAUCCAUUUUACACCGAUCAGUACGAGCAGGAGCACGUGAAGCCGCCGGUGGUGGACCUGCUGCUCUCGGCCGAGCUGUACUGCCGAGCGGGAAGUCUGAUCCUGAAAAGCGAUGCAGCCAAGCCACUGCUGGGCCAUGAUGCUGUUAUCCAGGCCCUGGCUCAAAAAGGCUUGUAUGUGACUGUCCAUGAGAGACUGGUCACUGAGAGAGAUCUGUCCAUGAGGCCAAUUCAGAUGAGUGCUCACCUGGCGCUGAUCGACACUCUGAUGAUGGCGUAUACGGUGGAGACGGUGAGUAUGGACAAGGUGGUGGUGUGCAUGCAGCAGUAUUCUACGGACUGCGCUGACGGAGACGUGCCCUAUGACACGGAGGAUGGCGUCAUUAGCUGGAUGAAUAAGGUGAACGAAUACUUGAAAGAGAUCAUCAUUCAGGAGCAAAGCAGGAGAGAGGCACAGAGGGCAGAGCCCCUUGAGAUCCCUAAGUCUCCAACCAAAUGGUAUAUGAAGCUGGUUCCUGCCCGCUAUAGGAAGGAACAGACGUUGCCUAAAACAGUACCGUGGAUCCCCCCAGUGGACAACCUGCUGAAGGACAGCACAGAUGGCUGCGCCCUUGCCGCGCUGCUGCAUUUCUACUGCCCUGACCUCAUCAAACUAGAGGACGUGUGCCUGAAAGAAAGCAUGUCAUUAGCAGACAGCUUGUACAAUCUGCAGCUGGUACAGGACUUCUGCCGCGAGCACUUGAACCACUGCUGCCACUUCAGCCUGGAGGAUAUGGUCUACGCCUCUUCUUCCAUCAAAAACAACUACCUUGUGUUCAUGGCUGAGCUCUUCUGGUGGUUUGAAGUCGUUAAGCCAUCUUUUGUGCAGCCUCAGGUUUUGGUCAACGAUGCACCAGCUCCAUCACUGAAGAAUGUGCCAUCUGUGCCCAUUUCAAAAGUUACAAAGAGAAGCUUCAUGGAAAGACCUCCAAGUCCAAACAGACCAAGCCUCCCGCUUGGACAGCAACCUUUGGCAUCAAACUCAGGUGAGAUCAGGAGAUCAACCUCCAUGUCGUUUGUUGACAGCUUUUUGGGGACUUGGCCCAAGGAGAGGAGGUCAGGGACUCAGGGAGUGUCCUUUGACAUCCCAUUUGAUAAGGACACCACCACCCAAACUACUACACAACCCAAACGGGGUAUGACCAGAUCUGUAAGUACUGAGGGAUUUGGGCUCAAAGUCGCCAAGGGAAUGAAGCGAAACCUGUCCUUCCAACCUAUCAAUGGGCAAAACAUUGGUAUUGAGGAAGAGGGCUGUCCAGAUACCCUUGUGGAAAUUCAGCAUGGUGGUCUGAAUGGCACGACACAAACUAGCAUUGAGGAAGCCCUGGAAAUAAUCCAUAAUUCAGAAAAGCAACAGGAGGGCACCAGGGUUGAGGCUGAAAAUGAAGGUUUCUUCCUUCACAUGCAGACCAAAGGAGAGCUGACACCCAAAACGCAAGCUGAAGAAGGAGAUUCUGUGUCAGAGGCCAUGUGUGUUUCGAGUGCUUCGACUACAGAGGUGGACACUGGAAUCCACGUAAAGACAGAAGAUAUCCAAGAGACCCUGGAUGAGGACUCAUCACUGAGAGACUGCACAACAAGUAUAGAGUUAGAUGCAGACCAGUGCUUUGAGGCUAGAGCAAGUCCCUGCCAGGAUUCCAUCAGUUCUUAUCCCAGCAGUGUUGGCACCAAGUCUCCCAUACCUGAUACCCCCAUGGGAGUAAAAAUGACCAGCUUUGCAGAACAAAAGUUUAAAAAACUCAAUCCAAAUGCAGAGUCCAAAGGUGGCACCUCUCAGGGGACCACUCCAGACAGUUCAGACCUCAACCUUUCCCACUCAGUCUCCUGGGCCCCCUCACCAGAGACAAGCCCUGCCCACCAGCCACAGAGGGAUCCGGCGCAGGCCAUGGCCGCCGAAAUGGUGCAGCUUCGCAUGCGGCUGGAAGAGAAGCGUCGAGCCAUAGAAGCUCAGAAGAAAAAGGUAGAAGCUGCCUUUACACGUCACAGGCAAAAGAUGGGGCGCAGUGCCUUUCUCACAGUGGUCAAGAGAAAGAAUGAUAGUGCCUCACCCAUCCAGGAAUAUACCACAAGCUCAGAGGGUACCAAGACACUAAAUGAUACUGUAAAAUCUCCAGAAAAGUCUCCUGUCAAGUCCCUUGGUGAGGAGAGCACGUCUGAGGCAGACUUACUGGAGUACACACGUUCUAUCGAGAAGUUGAACAAUUCUCUGAGCUUUUUGCAGGCAGAAAUGCAGCGGCUAGCCCAGCAGCAGGAGAUCAUCAUGCAAAUGCGGGAACAGCAGGCCUGGGUUGUGUGUCCAGCACAGCCUUCGCCCCAAAAACAGGUACGGGAGCUUAGAGGAAGCGGGACACGCUCCUCAGGAUCCCCCUCACCAGCUGACUCCCCACAUGUCACCCAUCGCUCCCCAACGAAUAUCAAGAGGAAGUCAGCUUCCUUCCACUCCAAAACUCCACGGACACCCAGGCCUACUGAGCUAAAGAUCACUCCGUUCAACCGAGUUCUUACUGUACCCCAGUCUGUAGACAGCAUACCCCGUCUGCGCAGAUUCUCACCCUCUCAGUCUGUAUCUAGCUCCUUUGCAUAUAUGGGAAAUGACACAAAACCAAGCAAAAAUAAUAUGCAAGCUGAACCCUUGUGUACAGAAGUUGCUGCUUCUGAUCUCACUUUACCCACCAAAGACACACAACAGCCUGAAACUGAACGAGACCUUGCAGUCUCAAGAAACAAGGAGUUAGAGAACACUGUGGAGGAAAAUGGAGAGAUGAAGGCUGAAGGAAAACCAGAAGGAGAAAUUAAGCCCACAGUGGAAUCCAGUGUUUCUGAGGUGUUGUCCCAAGCUGUAAAAGAAACAUUCACCGUAACGCCUACUGAGAAGCCAGUAGAUUCAGUUAUUCAAAACAACAAAAACUUGAUCGAAGUGCCACUAUCAAUCCUAAAGCCUCUGGAUGGACAGGAGUUGGAAGAUGCUGGAGAGAGUCUGACAACAGGAGAGAGCCUGGAUGAUGACCAGAAGAUGUGCUGUGGAUUCUUCUUUAAGGAUGACAUGAAGGGGGAGGACAGCAUGGCACUGAAGCGAGCUGCCCUGCUGGAGAAGAGGCAGAGAAGGGAGCGGGAGAAUCAGCAGAGGAAGCAGCAGCUCGAGGCUGAGAUGGAGCAGAAGAAAGAGGAGGCUAGAUUAAAGGCAGAGGAAGAUCGGCUGAAGAAGGAGGAGGAGAAAGCCAGGCGGGAGUUCAUCAAGCAGGAGUACCUGAGAAGAAAGCAGCUCAAGCUCAUGGAGGACAUGGACAUGCUGGUGAAAGCUCGGCCAGCCGCAGCCAAGCAAAGAAAGCCAAGGCCUAAAUCCAUUCACCGGGAUGUGAUUGAGUCACCCAAAACCCCUGUUAGGGCAACAGCAGGUUCACGACCUCGUGUUUUUUCAGUGUCCAGUAUCUCCUUGGCCUCCCUCAAUCUGGGAGACAAUGACAGUGUCAGCUCAGACAAACGAACCCCCAGAAGCAAUAGCUUAGCAUCGGGCAGCCUAUACGGCUUCUUGAGCUCUCCUCGUGUAAGAAGGAGAAGUAGGCCUGACUCGGCUGACAGCUUCCUGUCUCCUUCUCGAUCUGGGAGCCAUAAUGGAGAGAAAGACUGGGAAAAUGCUUCCACCACCUCCUCUGUCACUUCAAUCACUGAAUACACAGGUCCCAAAUUGUACAAAGAGCCCAGUGCCAAGUCGAAUAAACAUAUCAUUCAGAACGCUUUGGCUCAUUGUUGUCUGGCUGGGAAGGUCAAUGAAGGUCAGAAGAACAAGAUCCUGGAGGAGAUGGAGAAAUCACAGGCCAACAACUUCCUAAUCCUGUUCCGUGAUUCGGGCUGCCAGUUCCGCGCCGUGUACACGUACUGCCCCGAUACAGAGCAGAUGAACAAGUUGGCAGGAAUCGGGCCCAAGAGCAUCACGCGCAAGAUGAUCGACGGCCUGUUCAAAUACAAUUCUGACCGGAAACAGUUUAGCCAAAUCCCAGCUAAGACCAUGUCUGCCAGUGUAGACGCCAUAACCAUCCACAGCCACUUGUGGCAGACCAAGAAGCCGGGAACUCCGAAGAAAGUAGCACCUAACAAGUCCUAAGAUUUUAUAUCAGCUCUCUCUCUCUACUGGAUCUCAGCAACACGCUCUUUCGCUGUAAACUAUAAACUCCGACCUGCACUGCACAGCAUUCUGCAUCUUUGUCUUGGAACACAACCCACACUUUAACUAAAAAUAUGCACAACUGGAUUGUAAAACAGUAUGGGCUUGUCAGUGGAUCCUGUAGUUAGAACUCGAGCGUCUCAUUGCAGUUCCGUUAAAGCAUGUGUGUGUGGCUGCGUGGGAGAGUGGGUGUAACUUUUAUAUGUGGCAAAAAAAGUUUAAAUAAGGAAGUGAUGUAAUAUGACUGCUUUUGGUACACUGAAGCACUGAAUGUCAUUUGUCUGUAUAAAGAGAAACAUUGCAUAUACAUUUGUUAACAUGUGGCCUUGGUUUCGAGUUCUUUGGUUACUUUUUGUUUUAUAGAAUGUAAUGAAGUGAUCUUAGGAAAGAUACUUACCAUUAAAGUGUUUUUUUUUAUUGGAUCUGGUCACCAGUGGACCUCGUCUUCGGGAGCAAUGCUGUAUGUGCGCGUUAAACAAUGGAUGUAGUAUUACAUAGUAUAUUUUUGCUUGCAUUUGUCACAAUGACAUUUUUUUUUUAAAGUGGCUUCGGUUCACAGCAGGAUUGUGAAUUCUUACAGUGUUUUAUGAUUUUAAUUUUAUUAUUCCUUCUGUAUAAUCUUACAGAUCAGAGAAACUGUUUGAAAUUCAAAGCCAUGGUCUGUUUAAUUCAGUGUGUCAUGAUAGGUUGCUAAGGUUUAGAGCACCAAACUCCUGUUGCAUAAUUAUGUGAUUGUAGGUUGCUAAAAUGAAGCUAGCAGAUAUUUGAUAAUGCCAUAAUGAAUAAUGUAUCAGUGAUAUUUCUCUAGUCAGCUUCACAGUUAAAAUUAAUAUAUAUUGACAGGUUCUCAUUGUAUUAGUAGUUAUUCUUGUUUGUCUCAUUUGUGAUAGAUGAUUAUAUUUUGCUGAUUCUGCAACAGUCAGUACGAUUUCCAGCGUUUCCAGCUCUGUACAAGUGGGACAGUCCCGUAAGGGCUUAAAAUUUAGCCAAGCUGUCCAAAAGCAAUGUGCCAAACUACAUCUUUGUAUUCCUAAUCAAUGAUAUAGACUGAUGCUUUUAUUAAUAAUUUAUGUCAUUUUUAUUUGGCUUGGGAUAUGAUCAGUUCAGCUGGUUUGGGGUAUUUUAGUGUGAUGAGGAAGUUGGAUUUUCUUGGGGUGGAAGGAAUAUUGAUGUUUACGGGUCACGGUUUACUAAAUUUGAUAUGAAAACACGCUGGGUUAUUUUUUUUUUUUGCUUUGUUCAUUUCUCAGUUUUUUCCAAUGCCUUUCCACAAUCUUCAACACACUCCUAUUAAUAAAAGUAGUAAAUUUCUGAAGGUAUCCUGGGUUGUGCAGUAGAAUGUACAGGCUUGAUGUACUGUAUUUGGGGACAACAUACACCUUUUUGAAGCAGUUGUAUUAAAAUAAUUUGGCUGUUCCAAGCCAUUAAAAGAACUUGGCUGUGCAUUUGUAAAUAAGUACAGUUUACAUAUUGUAUAGUGUGUUUUGAACUCAUCUGCCCAUUAUUUUAUCAAGCAAUUUUUUUUCUAGACACUGCUGUUAAAUAGUCAAACACAUCUGAGUCAUAAUGAUUUGAAUAAAGUUGCGCAU